AUGUUCGACGCCCGUGUGCUGAUUGAGUGCGUUCGAUCCCAUUUCGACCACGAUACGGAUGGGAAUCCGGCCCAUGGCGAGGCUUUCACCCAAUUCUUGUUCGACAAAGUGCUCUCCCUGCUGAAGGGUUUUCGGCUGCCGAUCUUCACUCGCCGACGAGAGUGCAAGCAGAUGGGCAAGACUGAGUAUACUUACCCCGAGGCAGAAUGGGAGCGAAACAUCGCGGAGGAGUCCCCCCUCGGCGCCACAUACUUGAACUACCUAUUCAAAAACCGCCUGGUCUGCGCCUUUGGGGUCAUCGGCGUCAUGGAAGUGCUGAGACCGGUUGAAAGCUGCAUGAUCUCUACGGCCAUCCCGUCAUGUCGACGCCCUUUCAACCCAUACCCUGGCUCCUGUUAA